AUGUCGAAGAGCGCGUUUGAUAUCUUCGUUACAGUGGACGCCAUCGUCAUACUCGUAACUUGGAGGAAGACGUUCGGAGUGAACAGGCUCGCAGACGGGCUGGGCAUCAGGACGUCAAUCACAUCGCUGCUUCUGAGGGACGGUACUAUCUACUUCUGUGUUUUACUCGCACUGAAUAUCAUCGAUAUCGUGUCAUGGAUGACUCAGAAGAACUUUGUCGGCGCAGAGUUCUUCUGGUUCGCCUUCGCUACCAUCCUACUCUCUCGAUUUCUCUUCAACCUACGAGAAGCCGCCCUCGCACCGGAGCUUGAUUCGACUUCUUCCGCAUUCUCUGAUCCCCACUUUAUGGGUGGGAUGGGCAUGCUGGGCGUGUCCAUAGUGCAUACCGACAAUGCGGAACCAAUGUUGGAAGAACCGGAAUAUGACGUUGAGGCCAACAUUGAAGUAGUUGAGGAGGAUGAACCGGAGGUGACGACCCCACAGUCUGAAGAAUAG